AUGGGAAAGGAGGGGCCUUUGUCAAAAUGGACAAACGUUGUUCAUGGCUGGCAGUAUAGGUGGUUUGUACUAAAUGAUGAGUCAGUAUGUUACUACACUUCGCAAGAAAAAAUGCGUAAAAACCAGCAGAGAGGUUGUAUUCGUUUGAAAGGUGCCGCAGUUGGGAUUAAUGAAGAGGACACCUCAUUAUUUACUUUGACUGCUGAUGGGAAACAUUUGUUUUCUUUAAUGCAGGGACGCGAUAAAAAUGAAAGGGAUGAAUGGGUUCAUAAUUUGGAGGAAGCAAUUCAUAAAGUUAGCGGAUAUUACCGUGUGCCACCAGUGUCGACGAACGAGGCCAUUAAAAGGAAAGUAGUAGAGGCAGAUGUUUUAUUGAGACUCGUUUUCCAUAUUGUUCAGGUGAAAGAUCUUGAAAACCUUUCUUUAAAAGCGAAAACUGAACAAAAAAAGGUUGUGACGGAAUUAAUCAAAUCAUCAAAUCGUCUCUUGGACUGUGUAAGGCACGCUAUCAUCUUGCUUCAGAUGGCCAAAUCCAAGGUUGAACCAAAUUUUUCAGAGAAAACAGAAAACGAUGAAAACGGUUCAAAAAAUGAGGUCAAUUUUGUCUUUAUAGUUAUUUAUUUAUUUUUUAUCGACCCGUUGGAGCCGGUUGAUCCACUUUCUUAUUCCAGCAGCGACGAGGAGUUUUUUGAUGCACCAUCAGCGAAAGAAGAGAAGUUGCAGGAUGAAACUUCUACGGAUAAUACUCAGCGCAUUUUAAAAACAUCUUGUAAUUCAGAAUUAGAUGAAAUGGAAGAUUACGAUGCACUUUAUAAUGAUACCGAAGAAAGUGAUGUGGGUAACAUGCAACAGCAUGGCUCAGUUCUUAUGCAUCUUCUUUCUCAGGUAAGUGUUGGCAUGGAUCUAACGAAGGUUACUUUACCGACCUUUAUUCUUGAGCGACGUUCUCUUCUGGAAAUGUAUGCUGAUUUUUUUGCACACCCCGACAACUUUAUUGUAACAACUUCGCUUUCUACUCCUGAAGAGCGAAUGAUUUCUGUGGUAAAAUAUUAUCUUGGGGCGUUUUAUGCUGCGCGGAAAAGCGGUGUUGCUAAGAAGCCCUAUAAUCCUAUCCUUGGAGAAACUUUUCGAUGUAGGUGGGAUGUUCCUGGUUUGCCCUUAACUGGUGAAAAGACAGUUCGGGGCCCAUUUCCUGGUUCAGAUAUGAACCAGCUAACUUUUGUUGCCGAACAAGUAAGCCAUCAUCCUCCAGUGUCAGCAUUCUACGCUGAGCAUCCGGGAAAGAAAAUUUCGCUUAAUGCACAUAUAUGGACAAAGUCAUCCUUCCUUGGCUUAUCAAUAGGCGUUACUAAUAUUGGUUGGGGUUGCGUGAAAUUGUAUGAGCACAACGAGGAGUACAUAGUGACAUUUCCUAAUGCCUAUGGUCGUUCUAUUAUGGGCACUCCAUGGAUUGAGCUAGGCGGGAAGGUUACGGUGACCUGUCCUCAAACUGGUUAUUAUGCUGAAAUUGAUUUCUUAACAAAGCCGUUCUUUGGUGGAAAACCGCACAAGAUAACUGGUAAUAUCUACCGUCCUUGUUUCAAAAAGCCUAUUAUGAUUUUAAAAGGCGAGUGGAACGGUGUGAUAACUGCAAAACCUUUGAGUGGCGAUGAGUUUAUCUUUAUCGAUGUUAAAGAAAAGGAUGAAGUGAAGAAGGAAUGUACCCCAGUAAUGCAACAAUUAGAAAAAGAGUCAAGGCGGUUAUGGCGAUAUGUCACUUUAGGUCUAAAGCAAAAUAAACUUUCAAUGGCAACAAAUGCAAAGAGGGCAUUGGAGCAGCAACAGCGCGAUGAAGCGAAAUUACGUAUUGAAUACGAAACAAUUUUGUUCUCGAAAGUGCGUGAUAACUGGCUCUACAAGGAUCCCUUGGUACUAUGA